GACGCAGAACGAGUCGGCCUUCGCAAAUCGAAGCAGUUGGACUCACCGCACGACAGACCGACCCCCUGUCUCCGUUUUCUCAAACGACACGCCCCCUCUCUCUGUCUUUCUCACACUUUCGGCCGUCUGGUUUUUCCCGGGUUUAGAACCUCCUCUUUUUGGUUUUUCUCUCCAACCCCCCGAUCAACCGCAUAAACCACCGACCUCGAAACCCACCCACCCCCUCUCUUCGUCGUCGACCCUCCCAAAAAUCCCGAACACCACAUCGGAAACAAUCAUGGCGGCGGGAGCGAAGCAACAACAGGCGCAGCCGCAGCUGCUGUUCGUCGAUGGUUCCUUCCAGGAGCUGGCCCGCGAGAUGGCCGAGUACCUCCACAUCGCCGACGAGAUCAAGCCCCUUGUCGAGAACGAGGCCAAGAAGGAGGAGGUCCUGAGCAAGCUGGUGGCCAAGUCGGCGGCGCUGUCUUCGGUGCCCGAGAAGGAGUUCACGGCCGCCUCGAACCUGAUGGUCCACCUCGUCCUGCAGUCCGAGGAGCCCAAGAAGCACCUGCCCGCCCUGUGCAGCGCCUUCAGCAAGCCCAUCGCCUCGAGCCCCGUCAACGGCGUCGGCCUGAGCCUCAACGCCCUCAGCACCGUCUUCAACCUCAUCGCGCCCGAGAACCCGAUCCGCUUCAACGUCUUCAUGGCCAUCCUGCGCUUCCUCAAGUCGCACGCCAUGUACGAUGCCGUUCAGCCCUACCUGAAGCACCUCCCCAGCUGGUUCGAGGAGUGGGCCACCGGCGAGGAGUUCCAGAGACAGAUGUACGAGGAGAUUGCCGAGGUUGCCAAGGAGGCUGGCAAGGAAGAGGAGAGCUACGAGUACAUUCUCAAGGCCCUGCGCACCUUUGACGCCGACGACAAGGAGGAGAUUGGCUCCGAGGACGCCCAGAGACUAUCCCUCCGCGCGGUCCGCGACGCCCUCCUGUCUAACACACACUACCUCUUCACGGACAUCCGCAGCAUACCCUCGGUCCAGAACCUCUCCGAAACCCACCCCAUCUACUCCCAGCUCCUCGACGUCUUCGCCGAGCAGGACCUCGAGGACUACAACGACUUCAACGACGAGCACUCUGGCUUCGUCGAGAAGGAGGACCUCGACCACGACAAGCUCCACCGCAAGAUCCGCCUCCUCACCUUCGCCUCCCUCGCCGCCCAGACGACCUCGCGCCGCAUCGAGUACGCCGCCGUCGCAAAGGCCCUCCAGGUCCCCGCCGAGGAGGUCGAGAUGUGGGCCAUUGACGUGAUCCGCGCCGGCCUCGUCGAGGGCAAGCUCUCCCAGCAGGACCAGGUCUUCCUCGUCCACAAGGUCACCUACCGCGUCUUCGGCACGCGGCAAUGGCAGGAGCUCGCCACCCGCCUCGACUCGUGGAAGGGCACGUUCACGAACCUGCACGACGUCAUCCGCAAGGAGCAGGCCAACGCCAAGGCGCAGAAGGAGCGCGAGGCGCAGGAGGCGGAGCGCAAGCAGCAGGGCGGCGGCGAGGGCGGUCGCGAGGGCGGCCGUCAGCAGAGGGGCCAGGGACGUCGCGACAACAACCAGCAGCGCGAGCCCAGAGAGCCCAGGGAACCCCGUGAGCCUAGGGAGCCCAGAGAGCCGCGCGAGCCCAAGGAGCGGACGGAGGAUGAUGAUUAAGGGAGAGGCAUGAAUCUUGGUCUGUUGAUGAGGAAACUUGCCUUUUGCUUAGUUUGGCCUUUUCGCCCCCUCCUAUGUACGGCUUUGAAGGAUCCCCCCUUCCCUUCAUGCACGACUUGCGGGUUAUCAAAAUAAGAUGAGGAAGCAAGAACCGUAUUUUUGCGGCAAAAGAGGACACGAAAAAGCAUGAGGGGAAUCUAGGAAGAGAGGAAGAAGCUCCGUUCGUGUUUUUAUGUAAUUACGGCGGGGAGAGGAAAAAGAACAAAGGGGGGACGGGGACUUUCACGGGCCGCGCGAGGAACUUCUAUACCUUUAGAGCUUUUGAGGGUCUUCGCGUGGGAAAUAUGGCGGGCUUGCUGCAUUGCGGGAAGAAAGAAAAAGCAAAUGGCCUUUUUUCUUUUAUUUACUUGUUUAGGGAGUCCCCCGAAUGAAUCCGGCG